CCGAUAUUGUAUAAUGCAUCCGGCCCUGUUGAGGGGAUCAAGUCGGAGGAGUCGGUGCUCAAGGUCAUGCAGGCACUUGACAUUUAUUAAGCACCUGCUGUGUGCUGAGCAUGCUUGGAGCAUCUGGGGAGACCUCAGUGGGGCAGACGAGUCUUUCAGGGGUGAUCAGGGCUGGCGGGAGGAGUCGUCGGCUGCAGAGGGGGGCCCGUCCUGAGUGGAGACCCAUUUCCCCUCUGUGACUGACAGCUCUGGGGCUCCCUGUGGGUCUCUGGCUUUCGAGGACAGGAAGAGGGCAGCUGGGGUAGAGGUCGGCGGGGGGUGGUCUCACAGCUGGGGCGGCCUCAGCAGGUUGUCUCCAGGAGCCUGGGUGGGGGCCUACCGUUGGGGUGCCCCUCCCUGUCCUCGGCCUUACCUCCACCCUGGAGGGUACCUUGAACACAACAGGAAAUUUCAAAUAACAGGAAACCAAGACCAGUAAGUCGGGCGGCUCCACCCUGCCUCGGGGCCUCAGUCAGCCCCCGGGGGAGGCCAUGAACGCCACGGGGACCCCGGUGGUCCCCGAGUCCUGCCAACAGCUGGCGGCCGGUGGGCACAGCCGGCUCAUCGUGAUGCACUACAAUCACUCGGGCCGGCUGGCCGGGCGCGGGGGACCGGAGGACGGCGGCCUGGGGGCCCUGCGGGGGCUGUCAGUGGCCGCCAGCUGCCUGGUGGUGCUGGAGAACUUGCUGGUGCUGGCGGCCAUCACGAGCCACAUGCGGUCGCGACGCUGGGUCUACUAUUGCCUGGUGAACAUCACGCUGAGCGACCUGCUCACAGGCGCGGCCUACCUGGCCAACGUGCUGCUGUCGGGGGCCCGCACCUUCCGCCUGGCGCCCGCCCAGUGGUUCCUACGGGAGGGCCUGCUCUUCACUGCCCUGGCCGCCUCCACCUUCAGCCUGCUGUUCACCGCCGGGGAGCGCUUUGCCACCAUGGUGCGGCCGGUGGCCGAGAGCGGGGCCACCAAGACCAGCCGCGUCUACAGCUUCAUCGGCCUCUGCUGGCUGCUGGCCGCCCUGCUGGGGAUGCUGCCCUUGCUGGGCUGGAACUGCCUGUGCUCCUUUGACCGCUGCUCCAGCCUUCUGCCCCUCUACUCCAAGCACUACAUCCUCUUCUGCCUGGUGAUCUUCGCCGGCGUCCUGGCUACCAUCAUGGGCCUCUACGGGGCCAUCUUCCGCCUGGUGCAGGCCAGCGGGCAGAAGGCCCCACGCCCGGCUGCCCGCCGCAAGGCCCGCCGCCUGCUGAAGACGGUGCUGAUGAUCCUGCUGGCCUUCCUGGUGUGCUGGGGUCCGCUCUUUGGGCUGCUGCUGGCCGACGUCUUUGGCUCCAACCUCUGGGCCCAGGAGUACCUGCGGGGCAUGGACUGGAUCCUGGCCCUGGCCGUCCUCAACUCGGCGGUUAACCCCAUCAUCUACUCCUUCCGCAGCAGGGAGGUGUGCAGAGCCGUGCUCAGCUUCCUCUGCUGCGGGUGUCUCCGGUUGGGCAUGCGAGGUCCUGGGGACUGCCUGGCCCGGGCCGUCGAGGCUCACUCUGGAACUUCCACCACUGACAGCUCUCUGAGGCCGAGGGACAGCUUUCGGGGCUCCCGGUCACUCAGCUUUCGGAUGCGGGAGCCCCUGUCCAGCAUCUCCAGCGUGCGGAGCAUCUGAGAUUACAGCCUUGCGUACCGACGGUGCAGCCACCGGGUACGUGCCAGGCAGGCCCUCCUGGGGUGCAGGAAGCCGUGUGCACGGAGCCUCACUUGGAUGGGGAGCGGAGAACGGGACAGGCCCCCCGUGGUCUUCCUGGUGGCCUCUUGGGCCUUCUGACGCCAAAUGGGCUUCCCAUGGUCACCGUGGACAAGGAGGCAACCACCCCACCUCCCUGUAGGAACAGAGAGUGCCCUGGUGUGGGGGCGAGUGGGUUCCCCACACUCCCACUUCUGUGUGAUUCUUGGGAAGUCCCAGCCCCUCUCCGGGCCUCCGUAGGGCUCCCAGGCUGCAAGGGGUGGACUGUGGGAUGCAUGCCCUGGCAACAUUGAAGUUCGAUC